AUGGGGCUCCUAGGCACCAUUUCUCCUCACAUCGGUAACCUCUCUUUCCUAGUCGCACUUGAUCCUUCUAACAACAGCUUCUCUGGUUCUCUGCCACAUGAGGUCAGCCGCCUACAUCGCUUGAGAAUACUCUUGUUGCCAAGCAACCAAUUGGAAGGUAGUAUCCCUCCAACUUUGCAUAAUUGCCAGAGGCUUCAACAAAUACAUCUAGACAGUAACCAUCUUAUAGGUGCAAUUCCAUCGUCCCUCAGCAAUAUGUCAUUGUUAGAGUACUUGAAUUUGGGUUCCAACAGCCUCAUUGGUCAAUUUCCUCUUAUCAUCCUUAACAUAUCCUCUCUAACCAUAAUUGCUCUUCAAAAAAAUCAAAUCUCAGGAACUCUUCCAAUGGAUCUCUGCAGCCAUUUUCCUAAUCUUCAUGGGCCUUAUCUUAAUGGCAAUAAAUUCAGUGGUCGACUCCCUUCACAAAUGAAUUACUGUAAAGAGCUUGUAGUCUUAUCCCUCUCAUACAAUAAAUUAGAUGGGAGUAUUCCAGCAGGUUAUGGGAGUUUAGAAAAACUUGAAAAGCUAUAUCUUGGAGGUAACAACUUAACUGGUAAUAUACCUCCUACAGUAACUUGUCAAGGUUAA